CACUAUUUUUCCUAUGAAUACUAGCUAUUUGGCUUUCAGUGUGACCAAACCGCGCUAACCAGCUGGAUUUAUUUUCUUCUGCGGCAAAGGCCACUUUUUGUUCCGACUGAACCCAAUGAUCUGGUGGAGCUAGGUGCGUUUACCUUGUCCUCCUCUUGUCAAUGCAACGUCUACAGUCGUGAGCAGCCAACAUCAUCAGGAGACGACAAUCUUGCACAAUCGUCAUCAGAGCCGUUGCCAAGAAAAUAAAGGACCUCCCGCAGGAUGGCAGAAGCUAUGGUGGUGGAGGACCGCCCCGCGGAAACCAAGCGAUUCUUCUGCCACAUGUGCAACGUGGAGAUCAACAUUCCCAACUCGGACUUCACCUGCCCGCUUUGCGCCAAUGGUUUUGUGGAGGAGCUGCCGGCAAAUGCGCCGGAGAUGGGUUCGUCGGCAGCUGGAGCAUCCGGCAGUGCCAGAUCCGGAAGCAGCGGUAGUGGUUCUUCUGGCUCACACGACACCCUGAGCAGGGCCAGCUCCUCGAGCGGAUCUCAGGUGAAUGUGGAGUCGCUGCGUAACGAUAUUGUGUCACUGCUGAACAUGCGGAAUGUACCCAAUCUGGAGAUUACCAUCGAGCCAAACAGACGGCACAGCAAUGUGCUGCACCUAGGUGGAUUUGCCAAUCCCUCGGGUAGUGACUCUGCUCGCGGCCUAACCGCCGGCGGACGAGUGCGUCCGGCCAAUCUGGACCGACUGGACAAUGUGCUCUUUGAUUUUCUGCAGAGCCUGCCUCUGGCCGGCGCCACAGCCGAAAUAGUAACUGGACCCGGUGGAGGAGGAGUCGGCGGCGGCGGCAAUUCGCACAUGUUUUUCAUGGGCAACCCAGGAGAUUAUGCGUGGGGCCGCGAGGGACUAGACACCAUUGUCACCCAAAUGCUUAACCAAAUGGAGACUUCAGGACCGCCGCCAUUAUCGGCGCAGCGCAUAAACGAGAUACCCAAUGUGCAGAUCAGUGCCGAGGAUGUGAACCGCAAGAUCCAGUGCUCCAUAUGCUGGGACGACUUCAAGAUUGACGAGACGGUACGCAAGCUGCCCUGCUCGCAUCUGUACCACGAGAACUGCAUCGUGCCAUGGCUAAACCUGCACAGCACCUGUCCCAUCUGCCGCAAGUCACUGGCAGACGAUGGGAGCGAUGCGGACGACGAAUUUGUCAUGCUCGAUGGCUUUGCCCCAGAGAUGGCGGCCGAUGGCCGAUGGAGCUCCGCCAGGAGCUCGGCCAGCACCGUCACAGGAACGGACAAUCCCUCGCCGGCCCAAAACACCAGCCAGGCCACGGCGGAAGGUGUCCGAGCACGUCCGGAUGCUAAUCCCGCCCAGGAAGCACGGAACAACAUCUUUACCUUUGACGACGACAACAUGUUUUUGGACUAGCUGGUAGAGCGAUGCUAAAUCGAAGUGGAGCGAUGUUCGAUUGAUAUUCAAAAUUAAGCCAAAUAUUGGCCGCGGCUUUAGAAGUAUAGCCCUAAAACAUAAUUAAACAUAUAUAUUUAUAAUAGUUUCUCCU